CCGCAUUGUUCUCAGCUCCUCUAUAAAACCAUGCAGAAAAACAUCAUUCUUAGCUUCCUUCAAAAGCAAGCCUGCGUCUCAAAUGGGUUCUCUAAUGGCAGGUUGGGAUUCCCCUCCAUUGGAUCCUGAUACCAUCCGUUCUAUGAGGAAUAGAUCCUUCACCAAAGAGGAUAUAGAAAAGCACAGGAAGUUGCAUAAUGCUGCAAGUAGGGUGGAGCAAGAGAGUGAGCAGAUGAAAAGGGAAGCAAAAAAACAAUGUUCUUCUACAAAAUCACCUCAAUGUGAGAAGAAACUUUAUUCAGUCCACUCCAUUGAUUGUCCGGAGAAGCUUAAAAAGACAGAGACGGGUGACUGGUGGACAAAGAGCAAUUGGGCUUUUCUAAAUGAACUCCCCAAAGAUUAGCAUGGAAGUUUCAUCUCGCACACACAGUUUCACUUUGCAGCCAUGGCCUCCAGGAAGAGUAUGCCCGCAUUUUUCAUCGUUUUUGGCAUAACAAAACAACUCUGUAAAUAAUUCUGGACUUCUCUUUGUGAGCUUUCGUCUUUCUUUCUUUUUUUCUUCCCUGGCUUCCUUCCCAAAUGUAAAAUUCCGCUACUUUGUUAAUUGACAUGAUAUCCAAAUUGAGGGGAACAAUUUCUAUGGCUCAAAAAUGUUGCCCCUUUUAUUGAACUCUCGAU